GAAGGAGUUACUUCAAUUCUACUCUCUGUUUCCUCUGCUCUGGCUACUGGGUAAUGUAGUUUCUCCACAACGGUAGAUACUAUCAUAUUAUUAUUACUUAUGGUGGUUUUGUUGUUGAAUUUGGUGGAUUCGGCAAUCUUUUAGAAGCUAACAAUGAAAAAAGAAGGUCUUUUUUUGAGAAUAUGAAUGGAAUAUAGAAUCGACAAAAAAAGGUGGGAACUUGCGGUGUAAAAUCUCAUCUUCUGCAUAUUGGAUGAUAAAAGGAAGGAAAUGGGAAAGAAAAAGUCUUUGAGGAGCAAAGCUGUUAACUUUGUAACUGAUCUUACCACUGACCUUCUUAACCCCAUCUCCGAUAAACCCUCCAAGCCUUCUCACGUUCCUCCUGAAAAUGUGAGUGAGUCAAAAAGAAGUCAAUUAGAGUUAAUCAGCAAAGCGGAUGAUAGGGAUCUAGUUGAUGGCCCUGAUACGUCUUCCUUUAGUGCAUUCCUCUAUUCGCUGUUGGCUUCUUCAGAAUCAGGUCACAAUUUGAAUCCAGAUGACCGAAAUGAUAAUCAAGAGGAAACUGGUGAUGCAUCUGACACACUAAUGAAAGAGAACGGUGGAAGGAAAAGCUUACUUUCUAGGGGUAAGCAAUCACUUAGAGCUUUCAACCAAGUUACUAGGAUCAGUGGAUACAGAAAUCAAGAUCACGAGGGUGAUUCUGACAUGAAAAGUGAUGAUGAGGGUGAUGCUAAAUUUGAUGGACUUGAGAUGAGACAUAUGCAAAAUGUUAAGGAACCUUUGGCUCUGGGAGAUCUUCCAGAAACUUCUGAACCAUCAUUGCUUCUUACGGAGCAAACAAGAAAUGCCCUUUAUUCAGCACUUCCAGCUCUUGUUCAAGGGAGAAAGUGGUUAUUGCUCUACAGUACAUGGAGGCAUGGUAUAUCACUCUCAACACUGUACAGAAGAAGCUUGCUCUGGCCUGGCCUCAGUUUGCUGGUUGUUGGAGACCGUAAGGGUGCAGUGUUUGGUGGUCUGGUUGAGGGACCCCUAAAACCAACUAAUAAGAAAUACCAGGUGAUGCUAGAAAACACUUCUCGUAUCCAACAGGUAUUUCUUAUGAAUAUCUUGUUGACAUUACAUUUUGAACAGGGAACAAAUAGUACCUUUGUUUUCACAAAUAGACCCGGUGAUCCAGUUAUAUUCCGUCCCACAGGUGCAAAUCGAUAUUUCACCCUGUGUUCCACUGAAUUUCUGGCAAUCGGUGGUGGUGGCCAUUUUGCACUCUAUCUAGAUGGUGAUCUGUUAAAUGGAUCUAGCUCGUACUCAGAAGCCUAUGGAAACCCCUGUCUUGCUUUCUCUGAAGACUUUGAAGUGAAAGAGAUUGAGGUAUGCACGAUGCCCUUCCUUCUCUCUCUUGCUCCAUUCCACACCAAUGCCACUAUUUCCGUUUGCUUCAUGAAUUCACAUUUGGCGUGUUUGUAAUUUGAGUAUGAGAUGUUACCCUAAUAUUACAAGUUUGUUCACUUUAUCCUUGUAUGUUGUAUCGCAAGUUGUGGGGCUUUGUAUAUGGAUCAAAAUACGAGGAAAUACUCGCUUUAAGCAGAACAGAGAUGCCUGGAAUUUGCCGGUGGUAAAAGCAAAAACACCCUUCAAGCAUGUGGCUGUCUUAUUUCAAUAUGAUCAUUGACCACAAGUUAGUUCCGAUAGUUUUCAUUUGGUACAAUCAUCUUUUGCUGUGUUUGCUGACCUAUUCCUUUCAUCGUACAUGUCAUUACUGCGUUCUUAUGCUUGUACAUACAUGCCAACGUUGUAUAUACAACAAGAGCAUAUGAUAAUUAACUUGGUAACUACCCUAUCAGUCUGUUCUUAGCAGGAGUAGAAGCACAAUCUUUCUGCUUUUAAACAGGAUUAUCCCUACUCAUGGUUUGUUUUAAAUCAAGCCUCAGUGUAAGCUGAAAGUUUAAAUCUUUCACCAGACAUUCUUCAAGCCUGUUUAGCCUGGUUGAAUGUGUAGUAAAAAUGGUGUUGAAAUAGAGAGGAGUCGUCUUAUCCUUGAACGCCAUAAACCAUAAUUGAAGAUGAUGGAGGCUGCUAGAUGGCCGCCUUUUCUUUAUUCCUUUGGAAUUUUCAUACCGGUGAAAAGAGAAAGGAAGAGAAGGAUUAUUCAACUUGGAAGCGGGUUAAAAGGUACGUGGAAAGAUUGAAAUUUCCUACCCUUCUUCUUUCUUUCUUUUUUUUUUCUUCAAGGCUGUGCAUUGAGCAAAAUAUUA